GACUCCGUGUGCGGCGCACUGCAUCGACUUAAUCUUUGAAGACAUUGGUAAAAGACCCAGUGUUAUCGAGGUGAUAAACAAUGCUCGCAAGAUAACUAACUUCAUUUACAAUCAUGGUUGGUUACUAGCACAAAUGAGACUGUAUUGUGGUGGAGACAUUGUUCGACCAGGAGCUACAAGGUUUGCUACCAAUUAUAUUGCUCUUGACAGUCUUCUUAAAAAAAGGGUUGAUUUGAAAAAAUUGUUUAUGAGUGAUGAUUGGGCACAACACAAGCUGAGUCGAACAAAACAUGGACGAGAGUUGGAGCAAUUAUUGUUUGACCAUGCGUAUUGGGACAGAAUGACAAAUAUAGUUUCAUUAUAUGAGCCAUUAUACGUGGUGCUUCGACUUAUGGAUUCUGAAGUUGUUCCCACAAUGCCAUUUGUGUAUGAGCUUAUGCACGUGAUGAAAACGAACCUUACGCGUCAAGGAGCUGGAGAUUGGAUGUUCAAAAUAAUACAAGAUCGUUGGGAGAAAACACUAAAACAUCCACUUCAUGCAGCAGCAUACUUCUUGAAUCCAAGAUUUCAAUAUAGGCGUGGAGUUGGUAGUGAUCCAGAACUACUUCAAGCGGUCCAUGAUGUUUUUGCAAAAUUAGAUCCAACUACUGAAUCACUUGGUCAAUUUGGAAAUGAGCUUGUGCUUUUUCGAGAUGCAAAAAGAGGAUUCGGUGAUCGAGCGGCAAUUGCAGCAAGGUCAACCAUGGUGCCCGCUGAAUGGUGGUUUAUGUAUGGGAAUCAAACACCUACAUUGAGAAAGUUAGCCAUCAAAGUUCUCUCACAAACUGCGUCAUCUACUGCCUGUGAGAGAAAUUGGAGCACGUUUGCUCUCAUCCACACAAAGCAACGAAAUCGUUUGGCUUACUCUCGAUUGGAGCAAUUAGUUUUUUGUUACUAUAAUAUGAGGCUAAAGUUACGCGAUAUGGAGGCAGAAAAUGAUCGAGUUGCUGAAAAAGAUUAUCUUGAUCUUCUUGACAUUUCAGCCGAGGUGGGUGAAGAAGAAGAUAAUCAGUUGUUCCAAUGGGUGAGGCCUAUACAUUUGGAUGACGAAGUUGGAAAUCCCGAUCCACGAAUUGCUGCUCAUGCUCGAGAAUUUGGAGUUAAUGUUGAACGUGUGUUGUCUGAAGAAGUUCACUCUGAAAGUUUUAGCAAAGAUACUGAUGAUUCCCACCAAGAGAUUGACUCCACAAGUGCUGGCCAUAGUAGUAGACCUAGUGCUGCAGGUACUUCUGCUUCUGGUUACGAUGGUUCAAGAGGUGGAACUGAUGAUGGAGGUGAUAAUGCGGGAGGAGAUAUUAAUGAACGUCAACAUAGUCAAUAUCCAGUCAGCCAAUUCACCUGUGAAAAUACUUUCACACACUGCACACAGGAUGAAGACCAUGGCUCUAGAAGAGCUGGUCCAGGCAUAGGAGCUAUUGGGAAGCCUUAUAGAGGAAGAGAACGAAUGAUGGAACCAUAUAAUGAGGAGUUACUUUCAGGGAGUUUUGAAUCUAUGAGUAUAGGAACUCAAUUUAGUGACUCUUCGAAUGAGACUAAUGUCUACCCUCCUCAUGUGAUGAGUUAUGGUCAACCUUCAAGUUCAACAGAUGAAGAGUAUGGUAUGUCGCGUUAUUCACCUUCUAGACAAAUGUCUUACCAAAUUCCAUAUCAGAUGGAAGGAGGAUUGGGCAUUAACACAUGGGUGAACUUUGAGUAUCCUAUCCAUGUAGAGGCAGUGGGCAGGACUCAAGAGAUAUAUGCAUGGCAUGUUAGAAUUUUUAACCAAUAUUAUCGAGGCUCAUUGAGUUGGUACCAAUAUUGUCUCCAACAGCAAGACGGCGUUCCUUCAUCUAUCAAUCCCAUUGAACCACAUCGAUCCUCAUUUUGGUAUUAAAGGGACAUUGUAAUGUAAUGUGUACAAAUUAUUGUUAUUUAAUGAAAUGAAGUAUUUUAUGUGACUUUAUAAUGAGAACAAUUACAAAAUUAACAUUUCUUAUAGAUCGACAUGAUAUA